UGUUUUCUUCUCUCUUCAGGUGCAGGUGAAUCAGGGAAGAGCACCAUUGUGAAACAGAUGAAAAUCAUCCAUGAAGACGGCUACUCAGAAGACGAGUGUAAGCAGUACAGAGCCGUGGUCUACAGCAACACCAUCCAGUCCAUAAUGGCCAUCAUUAAAGCCAUGAGCAACCUCAAGAUCGACUACAGAGAGACCGCCCGAGUGUUCCCUCCUCUCUUCAGGAUGUUUGAUGUGGGAGGUCAGAGGUCAGAGCGGAAGAAAUGGAUCCAUUGCUUUGAGGGAGUAACAGCCAUCAUCUUCUGUGUGGCUCUGAGCGCUUAUGACCUGGUGCUGGCAGAAGAUGAGGAGAUGAACCGCAUGCAUGAAAGCAUGAAACUGUUCGACUCCAUCUGCAACAACAAGUGGUUCACCGAGACCUCCAUCAUCCUCUUCCUCAACAAGAAGGAUCUGUUUGAGGAGAAGAUCACGCGCAGCCCUCUCACCAUCUGCUUCCCUGAGUAUUCAGGAGCUAAUAAAUAUGAUGAGGCUGCCAGUUACAUCCAGACCAAGUUUGAGGAGCUCAACAAGAAAAAAAACACCAAGGAAAUCUACACCCACUUUACCUGUGCGACUGACACGAAGAACGUGCAGUUUGUGUUCGACGCCGUCACUGACGUCAUCAUCAAAAACAACCUAAAGGACUGCGGCCUUUUUUAAUGAAGGUGGCCAAGAGAAUGAUAAGGAAGGUGUAAACUGUUUGAUGGAGCUGGUUCUACACGACAUGCUAGACUGCCUUCAGCUACCUACCUAUAAGAAUCAUAAUGUUUUUGUUUUUUAUGUGACGACCUGAAAAAGACUUGUGAACAAGGAAAAGAGAAACUUCGCCGAAUUCCAGCACACCAUCCUUCUUUCCUGAACCUGAUUUUAAAUUGGUUCUCAAUGUGUAAAUAUUUAAUUUUGCAGUUCUUUUCUGCCAGAAAACUUGUGGAGAGUCAGGAUUAUAUGUUUUGUUUUUGACAGUUUACCAAUGAGGUGGGUGAGGACUUCUUUUAUGGAUGUGCAAAAUGCUUCUUUUGUAAAGGUAAUGCGAGCACAGAAAGAAAACGAGACAUCUCUUUUGUAACAGCGACUCUUCAUCCCUGGCUCGAGCUGUAUAUUGUUGCAUGACGGAUCAUAUGAAAUUGCUCGGCGUGACAUUCCCUCACAUGUCUUCACUCUCUCUACUAGCUUGACUUUGACACUGUCCAGAACUGACUAACGUGUAACAUUUAUAUAUCUGCCCUCACGUUUCUCCUUCCCGUUGCGGUCCCAUCCCUUCUUUAGCACGAUGUCUGUGCCUUGUUUUCACUGUCUGUAGAUCAUCGGGCUGUUCUUAUUCACGCUAUCAAAUGAAAAGUGUAAAAGUGUUGAGCACAUUUUAAGAGCUAAAUAAAACUUAGAUCACAGUCUAAAUAUCUAAAUACCAUAAGAUUUCGUUGGAAAUAAAAGUUAUGUAAGAUAGACCUGUGCUCCUUGUCUUUUUUUUUUUUUGUCUUGUGAUGCAGCAAAUUAGUUUUUGCUGAACUUGAUUUUCAUGCCAGGUAAUGUUUUUUUCUUUUUUCUCCAUGCUAUUGUAGUUCAUAUUCAGAAUAUUUCUGCAGUGUCAUUUAUUGACCACAUGAUGGCGCUAGAGGAACAUUUUGUGUAAAAAAUGAACUCAAAAUGACUGGCAAUCCAGCUGUGUAAACUAGUUGCUAAGUCUAAUUAGUUACAUAAAAAAACCCAACAAACUCAAACUACACUCGGGCAAAUAUUAGCCUAGAUAAUAUUAUUAAAAAUGAUACAGUGAUGGUAAUAUCAGGUUACAGAGUAAAUUCCAUAUUUGAAUCCCAUAGGACCCUAAAGUACUUAAAAUAAUA